CUAAAGAUUCCUAUUUCACGCAUAAAAGGCAAGAGCUCAUCUUCCACUAUCGCGCUCCUACACUCCAGCCAUCGGAACCUUGAAAUGGAAACCCAAUAAGAUCUCUGUCGAGAAAACCCUUGAGCCCUAUCUUGCCUCAAUAUCUUUUUUCUUUAUCUGUUGCAUUGUCUCCUUCUGGGUCUCGACGACUCUCACUAGUAGUCAAGAUUUAAAGUAUGAGAGUGAGGAAGCAAAGACGCCACCGCAAGGCGGUGAGGUUUUAUACAGCAUGUUUUGGGUUCAGGCAACCGUUUAAGAUUCUGUGUGAUGGAACAUUUGUGCAUCACCUUAUAGUAAAUAGCAUUGCGCCAGCUGAUAAAGCUUUGUCUAAUAUACUUGGUGGCCCUGUGAAGCUCUUCACCACCAGAUGUGUCCUUGGGGAGCUCAAAAGACUCGGUAAUUCCUAUUCUGAAUCUCUCCAAGCUGCUCAUAAACUCAUGAUUGCGAGAUGUGAUCAUGAGAAUAAAAAGAGUGCUGAAGCUUGCAUUGUGGAGAUUAUUGGAGAAAAUAAUCCUGAGCAUUUUUUUGUGGCAACCCAGGACUUUGUUAUGAGGAAGAAGUUUCGGGAGGUUCCAGGUGUCCCCCUCAUUUUUGGUCUGAGAAAUGCGGUCCUCCUUGAGCCACCAUCUGCAUUUCAACAUGAGUUUGUCAAGACCUCUGAAGAAGAACGCUCACGUGUGACCGAGUUAGAACAUAAAAUGUUAAAAAACAGGACCAAGAGUAUGUUGACUAAAGAGAAAUCUGGACAUUCUUCUGAUGAAAAUGAAGGUCCAAGAGAUCAAGAUUUGGAAAUGCAGCCUGUUAGAAAGAAGCAAGGCACUGGAAAGAGAAUGGAUGUCAAGGAUAGAGCUCAAUUUAAAAGAAAGAAAGUCAAGGGACCAAAUCCACUUUCAUGCAAGAAGAAAAAAAAGGAUGUAAACCUAAAGCCUUCAUCUGAGAAGGAAAGUAAAGCUGUUGAUGGUUUCGUGAGAAGUAGGAGCAGGAAAAGAAAAAGAUCACGCAAAGGCAAACCACUUUCCGAGUCUUCCCCGGCAAAUUGAUAGAGCUUCUAACAAUGAAGUAAGCAUGCAUUAAAUUGGUUAACUUAAGGACUCCUUAUGUGAAGAUGCUAUAUUAUCAUUGGCAAUGGGAUCAUAUGUUUUUUAUACUCCUUUUCCCCCUUCCUCAGAAGUAUUAAGUAUUCAGGUUUAGGAACUUGAAAGGAAUAGAUAAUGUGUCAUAUAUUUACAUUUAUCGAGAUGGUAUCUGACAUGUGUAGCCUCAAAAGCCUUGUGUGCCAGUUUUUUGUUUUUCUUGUUUUUAACUGAUGAGCAGUGUUUGAGUGAAAUCUAUUCAUAGUCAUUGAAUUUCAGAUCAUUAUCAACCAAAUAUCUCUAUUUUAUUU